AUGUCCUCCACUAAUUUGAAUCUUGAGGCAGUUCCACUGUUAUUCACCUCUGUCAUUGAUGCAUCGCAUGGAGAUUUAUCACGAGAUCGGUUUCGUCUUGCAGGAAGCCGAGAUGACGCUGAUGUUGAUGCUCUUGCACAGUACUUUAAUUUCAACCAACGUGAUAAUUCGGAUGGCAACGCGGCAAUAUCGUCACGUAAUAACAGUACAACUCGAUCUGUAUUUGCGGAUGAAGAGGAACAACCCUUUCUGGGUCUCAACUUGGAGUUACAUAGCCCUCCUCGAGUGGCCAUGUCCACCGUGAAUGCUUCAACGCCGAUUGUGGUAGAUGACGGUCUACAAUUUAUCAAGAGCUUACUCGACACUCAGGCCGCAGCAAUGCUAACUCCAGCACCGACAAGGACACAUUCACCAUUCCCUGGGAUGCGAUCCGAAUCAAAUCUGCCUAGCCCAUCUGCAACACCAGGAGCCACUCCUGAAGCAGCCGCCAUCCUGGCAUCAAUAGCACGGUUUCCGUUUACCGCACACCCGACAUCACCGACAAGUCACUUACAACGGCUCGAAUACAAUUUUACAUAUCCAAUUAACGACAAUGUGCCUGCACUAGUGUCGCAAUCUUCUACGACAUCAAGUGAUAGUGGCACUGGCGACAUAAUAAACAGGCAACCGAGUAUCAUCCGCAGCAAUAGUAGUAGAAAGGCUGCUUCUGUAAAGCUAAAUGCCAAUGUAAUUCCGGAAGGUGCAUCUAUGCUGAUGCCACCGCCACCGCCAAUACUUCCCACUGAACGCAGAGUAAAGCUGGAACGCCGCAAUUCCAGGUUUAACGGUGAUACUAGGUUAGGUUUACCUGAGAAGCGAGCACCACCACCACUGCCUCUAUCUCGAACUAUGACUAGAACGACAAGAAAUGGUUUAUUAACGUCAACCAGCAAUAAUAAGUUAGUAACAGUAGCGACUUCCACACCACCAGCUGACGAUGAAGAUGAAACCGACGAUGAAGACAAUGCAUCAUCGUCAGUCGAAACGCCGAGUAAAAAGAAACAAAAGAAGUCGGCAUCAACGACAUCGACAACGGCUCCCAAGGCUCGUCAACCACGACAGUCACGUCAAGUGAAAGUAGCAUGUUCUACUUGUAAGAAGGCAUGCAAACGAUGCGACGAAGCUCGGCCUUGUUCGAGAUGUGUCCGAUUAGGCAAGGCGGACACAUGUGUUAAUGCUCCUCGUAAAGAACGAGCGAGAGGGUAUACACGUGGGCCUUAUAAGAAGGCGAAGAAACAGGGUGAUGAAGAUGGAGAUGCUUUUACUGGUUCUGAUACUCCGUCUGGAAGGACGGCAUCUCCAUUCUCCGCUAGGAACGAAACGCCAGAACAUUAUGCCAUGACUCCAACAGAGAAUAGUGAAGAAGAAGAUGCAAGAAAGCUGGAUGUCAAAAAAGACAAGAAAGCGGAGGAACAACAAGACGAGCAACCCACGACGAAGCCACCUCCGCGACGAUCUCGUCGAUGA